ACAACAACAAAAGAAAAGUGAAGUACCGAAAAUACCCUUAGUUGAGGUUAAGAUGGAGAGAUACAAGUGUAGAUUUUGCUUCAAGAGCUUCAUCAAUGGAAGAGCUUUAGGUGGUCACAUGAGAUCUCACAUGCUUAGUCUUUCUGCAAAACGUGAACUUUAUGAAUUAACUGGUGACGAAGCAGAGGAACGGCCGAGUCAACUCAGUGACGGCGACGAUACAGAGUCGGAUGCUUCUUCUUCUUCUGGUGAGGAUGAAGAUCAUUUGAAUUGCGGUGAGUUUGAUAAUCUAAAGAUGAAUCUUCUUGAUGAUGAAUUGGAGUUUGAUUUCGCUGAAGACGACGACGACGUUGAAAGUGAAACCGAGUCGUCGAGAAUUAACCCAACUCGCCGACGAUCUAAGCGAACUCGGAAACUUGGAUCCUUCGAUUUCGACUUUAAGAAGCUAAAAACGAGCCAACCCAGUGAGUUAGUGACGGCGCCAGAGCAUCACAGCUCAGCUUCUGAUACAACAACGGAGGAAGAUCUCGCCUUUUGUCUCAUUAUGCUCUCAAGAGACAAAUGGAAGCAACAGAAGAAGAAGAAGCAACGUGUAGAAGAAGAAGAAGAUGAGACAGAUCAUGACAGUGAAGAUUACAAAUCGAGCAAGAACAGAGGUAGAUUCAAGUGUGAGACUUGUGGUAAAGUGUUUAAAUCGUAUCAAGCAUUAGGAGGACACAGAGCAAGUCACAAGAAGAACAAGGCAUGCACGACAAAAACAGAGCAAGUUAAAACAGAGUAUGUUCAUGGAGUCAAGGAGAAGAGAAUUCAUGAAUGUCCGAUCUGUUUUAGGGUUUUUACUUCAGGACAAGCACUUGGAGGCCAUAAGAGAUCUCACGGAAGUAACAUCGGAGCAGGAAGAGGAUUGUCAAUAAGUCAAAUUGUCCAAAACGAUAAAGAAGAAGAAGAAGAAGUAUCAGUGAAACAGAGGAUGAUUGAUCUUAAUCUUCCUGCACCUAAUGAAGAAUAUGAAACCUCUUUGGUGUUCGAUGAAUGGUGAAAACGAAAGACCACAAUAUAACAUUUGACAUUAG